AUGGAGCAUCAACCCGCAGUCCAUUAUACAGUUGACCCUUCCACCAACCCAAGUUCAUGGCCACCGCCAGCUCCAGGAUUUGGUACCGUUAUCAACAGAGUCGAAGUUAUCUUUAUCAACAUCAACGGAGACUCCAACUUCUGCAUCCUUCGAACAGGCACCAACGAACAUGUUCAUCAUGCGGUAACCCAGGUGACGAAGCAUAUAGCGCGGGGCCUCUACCGAAUAAUCAGCAUGAAUGUCAGCGAAUAUUCAUGCGUGGUGGUCAUGUCUACUGAGAAGUCGAAAGAGGAGCUUCUGUUUAGGAAUGGCUUCCCGUGGGACAGGCCAAAUGAUCCUCAGCCAGAUGUUAUUUUGACGUAG